GGGCCGAGUAAGAGUGUGUCAGAGAGCCAAGAAACUACCGAGCAGCACUCGGCGGCGAACGUGGUGGACUGUAGGAGAGUCAGUGGCGCACCGCGAGCUGCCGGAGAUAUCUGCUUUACAACCGAUCGCCUCGUUCUCGUAGCCCGCGUUCGCCAGUUGUCUCGGGAUCCUCGUUUCGCACACAUGCCACGGGGCUAUAGGCGAUAGCCGCUGCCAAUUUUCCUCUCGCUUCCGAUUGCUCGCCGCGACGACGGCUCCACUUGUCGUCCGUGGGAGAGGAGGCUGCUGCCGGCGGCAAUCGGCGCGCGUGCACCAACGUCGCCUCGGCGCCGCUUGUUCAGUGUAGCUUGUCUGUGAGUUCGAGAAGGGGUUGUUGUGGAGACGGAGAGGAGGGAGGGCCAAGUCGAGACGACGAAGUUUCGGUAGCGAGCCACACGGGUGCAACGCUCAGCCCACUACCACGUAGCCGACCAACAGCAUGGUGUCAGAUAAUAGCGGUGGCGGCGGUCCACCCAACAGCGGCGCCUACACGGUCCCGGUAAGCAAUGCCGGCUACCGGAACAAGGGCUACAAGGACGACGGGGCCGACGGGUUGCCACCCGAGCCCCACAAGCCGUACAAGCCGCUUCAGUUGCCGAGCGACGAGGACGGACAGUCUCGGAAGUUCAAGCUGUCGCGCAGCGAGAAGUGGCGCAUCCUGAAGAACAUCGGCACGGUCUCCGUGGCCUUCAUGGUGCAAUUCACCGCAUUCCAGGGCACGGCGAAUCUUCAGUCGUCGAUAAACGCGAGCGACGGUCUUGGGACGGUUUCCCUCUCGGCGAUUUACGCGGCCCUCGUGCUUAGCUGCAUAUUCGUACCAACUUUCCUCAUCAAGCGGCUCACCGUCAAAUGGACCCUCUGCCUCUCGAUGUUGUGCUACGCCCCCUACAUCGGCUCCCAGUUCUACCCGAGGUUCUACACUCUCGUUCCCGCAGGGGUGCUCCUUGGACUCGGUGCCGCGCCCAUGUGGGCCGCCAAGGCAACCUACCUAACCCAGGUCGGGGGCGUCUACGCUAAGCUCACCGACGAGCCAGCCGAUGCCAUCGUCGUCCGAUUCUUCGGCUUCUUCUUCCUCGCGUGGCAGACCGCCGAGCUUUGGGGCAACCUCAUCUCUUCACUAGUACUGAGUGAGGGUGAGUCCGACGGGGGUGUAGACGUGAAUGGCACAGCCACCACCUCAAAGGUCAGCAGGUGUGGAGCGAAUUUCUGCAUCAUUGGUAAUGGUGGACAUGAAAGCCUGAAUAGGCCCCCGGAGUCCGAAAUCUACGAAAUAUCAGCGAUCUAUCUUACAUGCGUCCUUGUUGCGGUCCUUAUCGUCGCCCUAUUCGUUGAUCCGCUUUCGAGGUACGGGGAGAAACAGAGACGGAACGACAGUUCGGAGCUGAGCGGCAUUCAGCUGCUGUCGGCAACAGCUUAUCAGCUCAAGAAGCCCUAUCAGCAACUCCUCAUACCGAUCACCGUGUGGAUCGGCAUGGAGCAGGCUUUUAUUGGCGCCGAGUUUACGCAGGCGUAUAUCUCGUGUGCCCUGGGGGUGCAUAGGGUCGGCUACGUGAUGAUCUGCUUCGGGGUGGUGAACGCCGGCUGCUCCCUGUUCUUCGGCUCGAUGAUGAAGUUCGUCGGGAGGCAGCCGCUGAUGGCGUUGGGGGCCGUCGUGCACGCGGCCCUCAUUGGCGUACUCCUCAUCUGGCGACCGCACCCUGAUAGCUCCUAUGUCUUCUACACGGUGUCGGGAUUCUGGGGAGUUGGCGAUGCGGUCUGGCAAACCCAGGUUAACGGCCUCUACGGUACGCUGUUUCGACGGAACAAGGAGGCCGCUUUCUCGAAUUAUCGGCUCUGGGAGUCGGCGGGCUUCGUCGUCGCCUACGCCUACAGUACGCACCUUUGCGCCCGCAUGAAGCUCUAUGUGAUGCUGAACGUCCUGAUAAUCGGUAGCAUCGGCUACGUUAUUGUCGAGCUGCUGCACCGGCGCAAGCAGAAGCGGCUCAAGGCCAUUGCUGAGGACCCGAAGGCUGCCCAGGCCGAGGCUAACCAGCCGGAAGAGACGGACGACGAGAAGGACGACAUCGACGAUGACAUAAUCAUCACCCACCUGUGAGAGCGAGGCGCGAGUGCGCGCGCAACGUGACUGGGAGAGCGACGGUGAAUCGGUGACGAAGAAGCGCGACCAUAACCUCGUGAUGUCCCUGCGUCGUGGAGUCGGGGGUGUGUGGUGUCGAGUGGGGGUGGAUGAGAUGGUGGAGGGGGAGGAGAAAACCCCCGGUGAUCGGCUGCGCAAGCGUGCCUCCUCUUAUCAGUCGCUGGGUUAUUGUACGCCGCGCUCCGUUACAUUUUCGUCGGCUGAUCGAUGCUGCGGAUGAUCUUCCUAUGUGAUUCACGAAACCGCCAAAAACAAAAUAAUAAAAAAAAACAAACAAAAAAAAACGAUAAUGAAAAGAAAAACUUGUCAAUAGCCUCUCCUCGUCCUGUCACAGUUGCCGUUUGAUCCUCCUUACAACUACUUACCGGCGGUAAUCCAUUUUUUAUUUUUGUUCUUUUCUCUCUCUCUCUCU